AUGGGCUAUAUGAAAACUACUUACGAUUACUUCGACCUCAACGCGCCUUUCACGCCGCUCCCGAAAUAUGGCCAUCUUUCCAAAAAGACUCCCGAGUAUGAACAAGCAGAACCUUCCAUCCGAAAGACAUAUGAAUCUCUUUUUUCCCUUCCCGACUUUCCCAGUGUCCGCGCAGUCGCUGGUGAUUCAGACGCAGUCAUGCCCCCGGGUGGGCCUGAUCGUUACAAACAUGUUGUCACAUCACUGAUCGACAUUACUACUCGUGAUAGCACCAUGAUUGAGCUCAAGGUGUACAAGUCGCCUAAUGUUAAGGAAAACGCUGUUUUGAUGUAUCGAAUACACGGUGGAGUCAGUGUCGAUUACAGGACAGCCCCAGAGCAUCCCUUCCCAACACCAAUCAAUGAUUGUUACGACGGGCUCAUCUGGUGUAAGAAGAACGCAAGCAGGUUAGGAAUUGACCCAGAAAAGAUCAUAAUCAGUGGAGGCUCUGCUGGCGGCCAACUCGCUGCUUCCCUCGCCCUAGACUGCGUCAGAGACGGUGUAACUGGAGUUAUCGCCCAAGUGCUGCAUUUUCCAUCAACAUGUCAUCCCAAAUUCUUCCCCAAGGAUAAAUACGAAUAUGGCAGCUAUGUCCAAAACUCCGACGACGCUGUCCUGAGCACAAUAAAUAUGGAGACGGUCUUAGAUGCUCAUGUCCCUGAUGCGAAGCCAGACUACAGACACUCGCCUCUCCUUGCGGUAUCAUUCAAGGGGCUCCCGCCAACACUGAUUCAAUGCGGUGGAACUGAUGUCCUUCGAGAUGAUUCAUUCGCCUACGCUGAAGCUCUCAAGAAAGAUGGUGUGAACGUGGAAAUUUACUCAUAUGCUGGGCUGCCGCAUUGGUUCCCCGUCAUCCUUCCCCAAACAUCGCAAAGCGUACAGUUUUAUGAGAGAUAUAAUAACUUCUUGGCCAAGCAUACAAGAAAGUGA